GAUACAAAACGUGAAUGAAGAAAUGGUCUGAGACAAAUAAAUUAUAAGGCAAGAAAACAACAAAUGAGCAGAAAGCAUAUGAAGCCUUCCCCUUUAUAUUUUAAACACAAGAAAUGAUCUGGUCUUUGAAUAUCUUUGGCAUCUCCAAAUGAAGAAAACACCUCCCCCCAAUUUGCAUCAAUCUAGCAAAAGUAGACAGAAUGCUAAUCUCCAACUUGUUGAAACAAACAAUGAUGCAAAGAGGCACAAUUCUAAGACAUUGAGAUCUUUGAAGUAUGCUGCCAAGAAAUGUGUAGCUGUUUUUUCAUUGAUUAUCUAUGGCAAAAGAAAAUCAGCCUCAUAUGUUGUUGGCAAUGAUGACAGGAAGAAUACAUCCAAAAUUAGAGGGGUGGUAUCAUCAUCAACUGAUUUAUCAUCUGAGAGUACCACCAAGAAUUCAUCAAAAUGGAAGUUUUCUUACUCCUAUGCAUCAUCCAGCACUGCAAGUGGACAACUUGGAAUUGGCAACUUCUCCUUUGAAGAAAUUUACAAGUCAACGGCAAAAUUCUCUCCAGCUAAUGAAAUUGGGCAAGGUGGCUUUGGAACUGUCUACAAGGGAAAGCUUAAUGAUGGAUCUAUUGUCGCUGUGAAGCGUGCCAAGAAGGCUGUGAUUCAGAAUCACUUACAUGAGUUCAAGAAUGAAAUAUACACGUUGUCGCAAAUUGAGCAUCGGAAUCUUGUGAGGUUGUAUGGAUAUUUGGAGCAUGGAGAUGAGAAGAUUAUUGUUGUUGAAUAUGUUGGUAAUGGUAACCUUCGAGAACAUCUAGAUGGUAUUCGGGGAGAAGGACUAGAAAUCGGGGAGCGUCUAGACAUAGCAAUUGAUGUAGCUCAUGCAAUAACUUACCUUCAUAUGUACACGGAUAAUCCAAUUAUCCAUAGAGACAUCAAAGCAUCGAACAUCCUAAUCACGGAGAACCUAAAGGCCAAAGUGGCAGAUUUUGGUUUUGCUCGGUUGUCUGACGAUCCUAAUGCAACUCAUAUUUCAACUCAAGUUAAAGGAACAGCUGGAUACAUGGAUCCUGAGUAUCUUAGAACAUACCAACUCACUGAAAAGAGUGAUGUUUAUUCCUUUGGUGUAUUGCUUGUUGAAAUGAUGACAGGACGACAUCCAAUAGAACCAAAGAGACCAGUUGAUGAGAGAGUGACAAUCAGAUGGGCAAUGAAGAUGCUGAAACAAGGGGAUGCUGUAUUUGCCAUGGACCCUAGGCUGAGAAGAAAUUCAGCCUCCAUCAAGGCAGUAAAGCAGGUUCUCAAGCUAGCUCUCCAAUGCAUUGCGCCUUCGAAACAAUCACGUCCGCCUAUGAAGAAUUGUGCAGAGGUUCUGUGGGACAUCCGCAAAAGUUUUAGAGAUGAAGCCAAUUCUGAUCAUGCUCCCCUUCCUUCUCACCAUUCUGCAAACUUUCCUCAAAGAGAAAAGAAUACGUUUGAAGUCUGACUACAAGGGAGGAAAGGUAGCUGAAACGAAGAAUAGUACAGGCUAAAUUGGAUAAACUCAAAAAAAAAGAAAACAGAACAAAAGAAAACUUUCUUAAUCCUAUUGACAAUCUGCUAGAAGUUCUUGUUGUGGCAUAGGAUCCUGUUCUCCAGUCUACCAUAUUUGAGAAAGAUAUAGAUGGAGAUUAUGUAAAGGCAGUUUUAUAAAUUUUAUUUGUAAAUAAAACUCAGACAUUGAUCAAAGAAGUAAAGGACAUAAUACUCAUAAUUAUUAGUAGGCUAAGU